GGGCAGCUGCACGCUCACUCUCGUUACCGCGCCGAACCCGCGCGCCGCGUCGACCAUGCGGUGGUGAGCUGUGCAAGUGACUAGUGUUGUACUUAGACCGUGAUUUGUGUAUCCAAUCGAUUCAACAUGAGGUCCUUCGGACUAGCAGCGCUUUUCGCAUUCGCGAUAUUAACAGGAUGUCUUGGGGCGAGGGAGCGUUCCCGGCAGCGAUCGGGGCCGGCUCGCAGCGCUCCCGCCGCAGCCAGCAUCAAGCGGGAGGUGGACUUUGACUGUCCCGAGGAGUUCGGCUACUACCCCCACCCUACCGACUGCACCCUCUACUACGUGUGUGUGUUCGGUGGCGCACUGCUGGAGUCGUGUACUGGUGGUCUUAUGUACAGCCACGAGCUCCAAACAUGCGAUUGGCCGCGUAACGUUGGCUGUGAUGCCACCGGUGCAGUCAUCGACAGAGGAGAAGAGCUCGAAAGAUUGAGCGAAAGAGAAAGAGAUCCACCUCCCCCACCACCACCGCGACGCACCCCUCCCCCGCCGCCGCCGAGAGCCCAACCCAAUCCUGUCAUUACAUCUAGGGGACAGCCUAAAUAUAACAGACAAGAAUAUGAAAAGCAACAACAGUUGUAUGCUGAAGUAGACGAUUUACCACCCGUAGAGGAAUUGGAAAGCGAUAGACAGCAACGGGUUUACCGAGGACAGCCAUCCACCAUCGGACAAGUUCAAAAGGAUAGGGAUGGUUAUAGAAGUGAAUCUAUUAGUUCCGGAAGAACACUCAAUUCUAACAUUAUUCCUGCAUCGAUAUCACAAAAUAGUGGCAAAUUUGGCUCCUUUUCAUUCGGGACACAGGUAGAUGACAGAAGAACUGCAACAGUUACUCCAGCUCCUCAAACUUAUAGAGCUGACAGUGACAUUUCUGACUCUUCUCAGGACAGAGACAAAGACAUCGAGACAAAUAAAAUAAGUACUGAUGACAAAAUUCAAAAGACACUUGUAAGAAGAAAAAGGGACUUAGACAUGACUGGAACUAAUAUGACUAAAGGCAAAAUGUCUGAUAAAAGUGAUAAUGAUGAAGUUAUAGAAUAUGUAGACUAUAACAUUGAAUCAAAACCAAUAGAAUACGACAGUGGUGAUGAUCAAAUUAUGUCUGAUAGGGACAAAAGACAAGUUCGUUAUAUUUUAAAAAAUUAUAAGCCUGAAAAACAAUUUUUAAAUUUACAACAUUUUAGUCAAUAUAAUCCAAAUUUACAAAGACCUCGUUACCAAAAUGUACAAAGUGAAAAUUUUAACGCAGGAAAUCGUAAACCGUAUUCCAUAGAAAGUAAUUACUUUUCAACUGCAAAUCCUUUUUUGUCUUACCCAGCAGAUGUUUCGCAAUCUCAAAGACCAUUCAAGCCUAGCCUACCUGAUCCAUUUAACCAGAAAGUUCGUCAUAAUCCUGUUAACACUCAAGUUAUUACAAAAAGUCCACCUAUUUCCUCAUUGAAUAACAAGGAAAAUCCGUUUUCAUCUUUGUCUGGUGGUUUUUACAAUAACGCCCCUAAAGUCCAAUAUAACGAUCAAAAUAAUGGCCAACUUGCGCAAACCCGACCGUCGUUUAAUCCAUCAAUGGUCACCGAUUCCUUUCAACUACCGAGUAUAGCUGUGACAAUGAAACCAAUUCUGCAUUCCACUUUAUCUCCCGAAUAUCGCCGUCCUUUAAAUCAAGCGCAAGUCGGACAUAAUCAACAAAUUAACAAUGAAAGACUAAAAGGUAUAAGAAAUAAUCAAAAUCAGGGUCAAGAAACACCACAAGAAGAAGAUUAUGAUGACAGUUAUGAAUCAAAUGAGAGUGAUGAAACGUCUGAUGAAGAUGAAGACUUUAAGCAUGAUUUCCCAGAUCCACCGUACGAUUUCACACACCCCAAAAAUAAAUAUGCUAACAUAGAGAAUCCUUUCGCUAAGCCAGACUUCGACUUUGAUACAUAUUUAAGUAAAUUACAAAAUGAUCAUUAUUCAGCUUUAGGAGUGACAUCCGCUAAACCUAUAAAUAUUCAACCUAGUAGCUACAAAACCAAUAAAAUGCCUUUAGAAGUAACGACUCUACCGUAUAAAAAUUCUAUAAGGCAUUCAACUACGCUAAACUAUAAAGGCGUAAGUACCCCUCGGCCCUUUACUGUUACAAAUAUCCCCUCUAGUACUAGCAGCUUUAUUGGAAAUGCUAGAGACGUCGUACAAUUUUCACAAUUUACAACAAAACCGCUGCUAAUAAAGCAAAACGAAAAGCUUACUCUUAAUGAAAACUUUUACAAUAAGAAUAUUCAACCAACUCAAUCACCCAUAGGUAAUAUUCUUUCUAAACUUAAGCCACCUAAUUUUACAGACGAACGUCAAUUGCCUAUUACAUAUAGCUUUAGUAGACCAAAUGAAAGUACCAAAAGUCCGUAUAAUGUUUCAACAUUACAAAAUAAUAACUUAGUCUCACGAAUUCCACAAAUCUUGAUAACUAGUACCGGAUCGCCUUUAAAUUUUGAUCAAAAUGAACGACCACGAAGACCUGAAAACUUAAACGUACGUCCUAUUUCAUCUGUUACUCCUUUCACAGUAACUAUACAACCCACGAAGUCUUAUAGUCCCGGUAUAAAGCAAUCUACACUUAAAACAGUAACUACCGCCAAAGAACAGCUAUAUACAUUACAACAAUUUUGGAAUAACCCAGGAAAUGAAAAAUUCGUUGUUCAAUCAACUUAUAGACCAAGUUCAGAGUCCUUAUUACACGAUUUUAGUCCGUCGCAACCUAGUAAAAUGUCAACUAAAAUGCCAUUGAAACCUUACAGUGUAUAUAGUAGUACACCAAAACCAUUCGUAAGUACAAUUAAAACUCCCAGUAAACGUAGGCCAAUUCCUAAACCCUCUCCCGAAAUGAAUGAUUACUAUUAUGACGACGAAGAUGAGCAAUACUAUUAUGAGCCUAUUGUCAAACCUAAAUACAUGCCAAGCACUGAAGUAAGACCUCAGCGCCCUCCGAUGGCCCAAAACUAUCAUGAAUAUGAAGACAAUUACGACGAACCUUCGUCUCAUUUAAAACAAGGAAGACCUAUGACAAAAGAACCAAUACCAAUAAAUCAAAAUGAUAUAUCGGCGGUAACAAAAUUGCCAUACAGAGAAUCGGAUAAACAUUCGGUUGGCAAAACGACACCCCUUCCGCCACGAAUGCAUCAUUCUAAUGUAGAUCGACCAGUUAUUUCUACAUAUGAAAUAAAUCAUCUCGUCCCACGAAACAAAAGUAUGUCUUUGAGAAAACCAAUACGUAAUCAAAAUGGACCUUUUACCAUGAGUCCUCCGAAGUAUUUAAAUCAGACUACCUUGAGACCAUACACUGUCAGACAUAGAUUAGCUAAGCCUGUCAAUGAAUAUAAUAAUUUGGAAAAACAAAAGAAUGCUAGGGACAGACAUCCAAACAUUGUAGCACAGAUGCUUACCACUCCUCAUGACAGCUAUAACCAAGAGACUAGACACACAAAAACUAAGCAUGACGACAAAUCCAACAGCUUGGAACCAACCGAGAGUAUUACUCCGUCCUCUUAUUCACCGAGUCCACGGCCUAAAAUGCUCUAUAAUGGAUCUCAAAGCUACAGUCCGGAUCAAUUUGAUCCUUUCUACGCUGUUUACGACGAAGAUGGCGAACUUUAUAAAGACACAGACUACGUCCAACAAUAUAACACAGCAUCUCUACGGCCUGCAGUACAGCAAACGUACAGAGGUACUCCUCCGCCGUCACGCAGACCUGUAGAGACAUACACGCCCAGACCUGUAACUUCAGAUGAUUACGACGAUGCCCUUAUUCAAGGACAGAUAAAUACACAAAAUCAAUAUCAAACACCCGUUCGUCAUUCAACAAGGGGCGAAGGUAACGAUUUGGGCUACGAACAUAACCCGAGCAGCGUGCGGACGACUGUUUAUGAAGCUACUUCUAAGCGCACUACUCCUACGACUAGCACUACCACUACCACGACCACGACUACCACGACCACCACCACAACCACACAACGCCCUACUACUGCACUCUUCACAGAAGCAAUGACUCCGUCUCGAUUUACUUCAAGAUUAUCUGCAGAUGAACGUCCCGUUACUACCUCCUCCCAGAAUACCUUAGAUACAACCAGUACAACCUAUCCUACUCCUUCACAAGUCAUCAAUAUUUCAUCCCGUGCUAAACCUUUUCGAAAGACUGAUAACUCACGUAGGUUAGAAGACUCUUCAACGACGACUGAGAGACUGCCGACGCGUAGACUUUCUACUCCGAGGACUAAUAGCAACAGUAAGGACGAUGUCAAGUUAGUAAGGUUAAAUGAUAAUAAAAAAUCUUCAACGUUAACAACGGGAUUUUCUAUCAGAAGAAAUACAAAUAAUAGUAAAAAUGCGUACACUCUAACACUUAUAACCAGACCUAACGACGAUUACCCGACUUCACAAAAGGUAAUUGAUUACGAAGCUCGCCCAAAUGAAAAUGAUUCAAAAAGAUUAUACUACAGUACUAACAACGAUAACAUUGCAGAGCCUGUCAACGCAAAAGAAUUAGUUGAUAGCUAUAACGUUGAAACCACUUCCAUUAUUCCUCCCAAACCGAGGAAAAGUAGGUUGCCGCCUGUUAAAACUAAUUUAAAGGAAACAAAUGAUGAGGUCAGAGUGGAACACAGAAACGAAAGGCGUAGAUUAAGAAUAAGUACUACCCCUGAAACCGUUGAGAAAACAAAAUAUUAUCUUAGAAAUACUAAACGACCGACACCAGUUUCCAUAACCUCAGAAGCGUUUAAAGAAUCCACUGAAAAUGCAAUAAAUUACAAUGAUCAUAGUAGUGAUGAACCAAUUUUAGCCAAUGAUACCUUAUCAUUGCUUACAGAAAAUGUAGAUAGUUUAGUGGUUGAAGAUUCUCUUUCAGAAGUUGACGAUAAUAUUGAAGAACCGUUGGUUUCUCCCUAUAAAAGUUUAGAUAAUUUAAGGAACUCGUAUGUAGAUGAUUCGAUAAAUGAUUACACUUCUAGUUCUACGUCAACCACUACGUAUACGACUACACUUAGAGCGUUUGAUGAAAUAAAAGACAGCAUAAAUAAAUAUUCCUCUCGGAACCCAUCUUACUAUAGUUACAAUUUAAAUGAUGAAAUUGUCCCAGAUCAUACAACAGAAGUAUUUAGCGGUAAGGUAAGAAAUGUGAUACAAGCUUUCUUUAAUAAUUUAGCAUCGAAUUCAAGAAAUACAGAAAAAAUCUAUACAACAACGCCUAAAGUAACAACUACACCAGAAACUGUAGUCAACAUAGGAUAUCAGAAAAAAGUAUCAAAAUACAUUGAGGAUAAACCUUUUCGGAGCAAUAUUAAAUAUUUAGAAAUUUUAACAGAACCAAGCGUCAGUAGAUUCAUUCCUCCCAGUGUCGAUGCACUUUCUUUUACGGGGUCUUACGACAAUGUUCAAAAAAGUUCACCAUUAGAUGCUAUUACUACAGCAUCAUAUGUUACUACUACUCCGACAUAUCAUAUUAAUCACGAAACAACAAUCAAAGAAUUAGAACAUAUAAAAUUAAAUAAAAAACCUAUAGAUUCGAAAUUUAGAAAAAUUGUAUCUAGUUCGUAUCCCUUUGAAAAUUCUCAUAAAUAUAAAGACAUUAUCAAUAGUAACUCGCCCCCUAAGGAAAGCGAACUUGUGACUACUCCUAAUAUCGAUCUGAUUAUUGAAACUACCAAACCUACACUGAUUGACGAAGAACCUUUCUCUACAACUACUGAGACGGAGCAAUAUCAACUAUCACCGGUUCUACCAGAUGUUGCUUCAACGACAAGUACUACUAAAUCGACUACGACCGCAAAACUCGAAACAAAAACGACUACUAAAAGCUUAUCCUUCCCGACACGAGCCUCUCGUGUAAAUCCUGCUAUAAAGUUAGCCGCGGCAAAUCUUGGAGGUGGACGCAGGAGUUACCAAUCGUCGACCAAUUGCUCAACAGACAACAGUCUGCAAGCCAAUCCAAAAUGCAACGAAAUCAAAUACCAGAGGCCAAGCAGCACUCGAGGUCGAGGGUCCGCACACUACUCCACACUGAGCGGCUCUGAGGCGCCGCAGCAACAAACCAACAGAGGAACACCACCAACCCGCAGUCGCCCAACCCUCAAACCCUCGACAGCUAUCGUCUCCGAAACAAAGUUCGUUGAUAUCUACGCUUACCCCGCUCGUCGGCCCGCUCCGGUGUAUCCCCAGCCCACGCCGGACAAGACCGCCGCUAAGUGCCGGAAAGACGUCUGCCUCUUACCAGACUGUUAUUGUGGUGGCAAGGAUGUUCCUGGUGACUUACCGGUGGAGAGUGUGCCACAGAUUGUCCUGCUGACGUUUGACGAUUCCGUUAACGACCUGAACAAAGUUCUGUACUCGGAUCUAUUCGAGAAAGGUCGCGUAAACCCUAACGGUUGCCCGAUUAGUGCCACCUUUUACGUGUCUCACGAAUGGACCGAUUACAGUCAAGUACAGAACCUUUACGCUUCGGGACACGAGAUGGCAUCGCAUACAGUCUCUCACAGUUUUGGAGAACAAUUUUCUCAAAAGAAAUGGAACAGAGAAGUGGGUGGACAAAGAGAAAUUCUGGCAGCUUACGGUGGAGUAAAAUUGGAAGAUAUUCGUGGCAUGCGAGCGCCUUUCCUUUCUGUUGGCGGCAACAAGAUGUUCAAAAUGUUAUAUGAUUCAAACUUCACUUACGACUCGUCGCUGCCAGUGUAUGAGAACAGGCCGCCAAGCUGGCCGUACACCCUUGACUACAAAUUGUUCCAUGACUGCAUGAUUCCGCCUUGCCCUACUAAAUCCUACCCUGGUGUUUGGGAAGUGCCAAUGGUAAUGUGGCAGGACUUGAACGGCGGCCGCUGCUCCAUGGGCGACGCGUGCGCAAACCCGCCCGAAGCCGAGGGCGUCUACAAAAUGCUGCUCAAAAACUUUGAUAGACAUUAUACUACUAACAGAGCUCCAUUCGGACUGUUCUACCACGCGGCGUGGUUCACGCAGCCGCAUCAUAAGGAGGGCUUCAUAAUGUUCCUCGACUACAUCAACAAGAUGAAGGACGUGUGGAUCGUGACCAACUGGCAGGCGCUGCAGUGGGUGCGCGACCCCACGCCCAUCUCCAGGCUCAACAACUUCCAGCCCUUCCAGUGCAACUACCCUGAUCGUCCGAAGAAGUGCAACAACCCGAAAGUUUGCAACCUCUGGCAUAAAUCAGGGGUGAGAUACAUGAGAACGUGUCAACCAUGUCCGGAGAUCUACCCCUGGACAGGAAAGACCGGCAUCAGAUCAUCACGCAUCGACAACGAAAUCGAUGAAUAAUUCAUACGUAGCUUAAUAGUAAAGUGUCCGUCCUUGAAAAGUGAUAUAAGUAUAUAAGCCAACGAGGCAAGGACUACCAGCUUGUAAAUUAUUUGAUUGUAGAAAUUGUUCACCAGCUACAGAGUGCCAUUUAGAUUUCGGUGGUCACAAAAUUUAUAUCGAAAACAAUUUUAUUUGUGUUAUUCGAAAUAAUGGUUUAAACUCUCUUUAAGCUACCCGUUGUGUAUUGGAAACUGUGAUAUUGUGUGUUUUCAAUCAUUCUGUAAACUCAUGUAACUUUCAUUCUCAUUAACUAUGAAGUUUGUGAAACUAUUCAUGUUUUAUUUGUCGUUUAAUAAUUUGUAAUUAUUUGUCGAAUGUUAAUUGGUAUGAAAUUUUUCAAUAGAUUAUUUGUAUCAGUUUUACGAAGAUCUGACUGUCCGUAUGGAAGCCAUAUUAAAAUUUAGAAAAUAACUUUCUAAUCUUGCCAGCUUUGUAGUUGACACUGCCUUUUUUGAAUAAAAUGUAAAUAUAGUAUUAGUUUAUACUUAGAUAUAGAAUAAGUAUAUCUAGACAACGGCGUAUUAAAAACAUGAUAAAUAUAAGUUUACGCUGUUUUGAAACAAGACAUUUGUAAAUAAAGACCUUCACUUUUAACGCUACAAUUAGUUCAUACUAAAUAACUUGCAAAACCAACCUUUCAUCAUAUCAGAUGUGUACAUUUAAAUAAUUUUCAUAAUUUAUUCAAAGUUAUUUUUCAAUAAAAAAUAAAACGCAAUAACCACUUUAUAUACUAAGUGAAGUUUGUUUACAAUGUGUAGUCUUUAUUUGGAACAGCGUAUAAAUCAAAUAAAUCAGUUUUUUUGCAAAUAUUAGCAUUGCGUAGACGUCUGCCUACACCGCAAUGUAGCACAUGUCUACGCGACAACUAAAAUUAAAUAUUUAUUAAUGACUAUAUAAAAAAAGCGUUAAAAUAUUAUUCAAAAAUAUUAAUCACAUUUCUAAAAUUUGAACCACAAGCAUACGCGCUAUAAAUUCCUAAUUUUAGUUUUAAUUUUAGCUUUGGUAUGCUAAAGCAACUAAAGUGGUCAAAAGCGCUUGCUACGAUUCUAUUUAAAAUUAGAAUUAUAUUUUGUAUUAAGUACUAUUAUUGUAAAUAUAGGUUUAGUAUUUAAAAUUGGAUAUACCUUUUUCACUCGAUACUAUAAGAAUUAUUUUUCGAUAUGAACCCGGCUAUUACGAUUUAUCUUUGACAUGACAAUUAUUGAGCCUAGUGUCGUUUAGAGCAAGGGAGUAAUGUAAUUUGCUAUCGAUAUAUUCUUAUGUUUUUGUAUAAACAUUGUGUGAUCGAUAAUAAACAAUAAAUGCUACAAAUUA